GUAGUGUAUAGUUUAGUUGUGUGGAAUAUUUAAUGAUGGCUUUUUUAUCACCUUUUGAUAGGACAAGUGAAUUUAAAUUAACAGCAAACUCAAUGAAAUCAAAAAAUUCACCUCCAAUACGACAAAACACAAUACCUCAAGAAAGAAUAGAAUUUAUAAACAUUUCUCAAGAAUUAGCCAGAAAUUUAUCAUUUUUGAAUAUGCGGAUAGAAAAGCUAUCAGAAUUAGUAUCUUCCAGCUCACUCUUUAACAGCAGGGCUAAUGAAAUUGAAAAUCAGUUUUCAAACGUGGCCAAAGAACUACAAUUGGCCUGUACUCACUACGAUAUGUUUAAAACUGUAUUUUUAAAUAUUUAUUUAACAAGAAAUAUUCAAAAUGUCUAAAUAGUGGAAGA